GCCUGUGGUGGACGUUGUUGCUGAUUUGAGUGGAAGUGAGAUGAGCGGAACGAUGGACUGGUGCGGCGCAACACGUAUUGUUGGCGCAAGACGAACGACAGCGCUGCUGCCGUUGUUGGUGCUGGUGCUGUUGCUGUUGGGGACAACACCGACGGUCACUUUCAGCGAUGCUGCAGCGGCCUCGAAGCAGCAGCAGGACCCUGGCACGGUCUCGUUCGUGCUUGUUGGCGCCACCGGCAACCUGGCGAAAAAGUACCUGUUCCAGUCGCUGUUUGAUGUGUUCUUGGGUCAGGGAAGGGACGAUCCGCAGCUGCGCGUGUACGCCGGUGCACGGCACACCAAAGACAAGAGCUGGCCCACAAUCCAGCAAGCGCUGGCGGCCGUGAAAUGCCGCGGCCGCCACGGUGACACAUUGCUGACUACGGAGUGUGAUCAGCUGCGCCACGCGUUUGCAGAGCACGUCCAAUAUAUCCAGCUCAAGACAGAAGAACAUUAUGCGGCCUUGCACGACGCCAUUGCCAAGCAUGGCGAGACCGAGGCUGCGCGCGUGUUCUACUUAUCUGUGCCGCCGUCCGCGUAUCCGACCAUCGCACACUGGAUCGACCAGUCUUGCAGGCCCGGCCACGCCACGCCACUGCGCGUAGCGCUCGAAAAACCGUUUGGGCGCGACUUCCACUCAGCGCGGGAACUGCAAGCCGCCCUCCGCACAUCCCUCAAGCCGGCGGAGACGAUGCUUGUCGACCACUAUCUUGGCAAGCGCGGCGUGCUGCAGAUUGCUGAAUUCGCCCGCGCAAAUCGCCGCUUUGUCAGCACAUAUCUGCGGCGCAAGCACGUGGAGCGAGUCGAGAUUGUCAUGAAGGAAACAGAGGACUGCAGCGGACGCACGCGGUUCUUUGACGCGUACGGGAUUGUUCGCGACGUGAUGCAGAACCACCUGACAGAGGUGCUGCUGCUGCUCGCCAUGGAUCCUGGUGUCCCCGUCUCAUUCUCAUCCAAGAUGCCCAUCCUCUCCGCGAUGCUGCCGGCUGCUCCGUCGCGCGCCGUGCUCGGCCAAUACGCGGGGUACCGUACACACGUCGCACACGACCACGGGGAGGAGGUUGACACAAAGACGCCAACGUUCGCUGGCGUCACACUUUUCAUCGACACGCCGCGAUGGGAGGGCACGCCGUUUGUGAUGGUUGCUGGGAAGCGGUUGAGUGAACGCGUUGCAUUUGCGCGUGUGCGGUUCAAGCAAGACACCAGCAUGGUGUGCACGACAGAGGGGUGUGGCGUGCACCAGAUUGAGUAUCACAUCCAGGGCCACAACAAGCCGCCAUGCAUCACGUUCUGGGGCAACUUUCCUGAACUGGUGGUCCCGGAUGGAUGGUCCGUUGAGCACAACACAACCGCACACAUUGCCCUCUGCCCAGGCGAGGACGUCGGAUCGCUGUCGCCGUACACGGAACUCAUGCACGCCCUCGUUGUCGGGGACAGGACCAAGUUUGUGGAGUUGGACACGCUUCUGCGGUCGUGGCAGAUAUGGACACCGCUCGCCAACACGCCGACAACACCAAGGGUGUACGAGCGCGAGGAGGAUGUGCUGUUUGCGCUGCAGCCCAACGGGGCACUGGCAUUUGGUGACGGCACAACGCCGCUGUCAAUGAUGACGACGACGCGACGCGGCCACACGCUCGCGGGCGCUGGGGGCGCAGGUGGCACGGGUGGGGAGGAUGCGGAUAGCAAGGGCAAAUAUGGCACAGCAAAUAAUGACAGGCAAGAGCAAGCAGAGCGAACGCAACAGCAAGAGCAGCCUGAGCGCGGGCGUCAUGCGGACGAGCUGUAAGCAAAGGGCCAGUGGCGUGCCCGCUCCUUAUCCUCAGACUUGCGGGGCAUGACGUUAUCAAGCUCAAUCUUCUCAAUGAGGCCCGUGUUCUUCACGUGGAACACCGUGUAGGCGUCCAGCCAGAUCUGCCGCAGACGGUUACGACGAGUGCCGACCGUGCAAUAGAUGAAGGAGAUGGGGAGAUGACGGAUGAGCAAGACGGUGUGUGGUGUGUGGGAUGUGAGUUGGUGUGAGUUAAGUCUUGUUGCUGCUGCCUGGUUGCAUGUGUUUUUCAGUCAGUGGUCUGGGAUACGAGAGGCUUGCUGCUUGCGUGGAUCAGUUAGGGACCAAUACACAACCUCAAACGAAG